CGCAGGCAGCUCCCAGUGGAGAGCCCACCUGCCUUCCUCCAGAUAGUCCUGGAGAGUGAAUCCAGAGUGUGCUUUGCCCUGGACACCAGAGACGUCUCCGAGGCAACAGGUCAGCAUCACAAAGGAGGCCACGGCCAGUGGCCAGCGUGUCACUGGCCCACAAGCCCGUGCAUCCCACACUCCGGAUCAGGAGUUGCUGCAGAGGGGAUCAGAGCCCCACAGCUCCGAGUCUGCGGGCGUAGAGGCACAGAACAGGCACCGCGUGGCCCUGACCAUGCCGUGCAUCCAUUACAAGUUCUUCUCCAGGCUGAACUAUGAUACCGUCAGCUUCAGCGGCCUUGACAUCUCCCUGGGAGACCUCAAGCACCAGAUCAUGUCUCGGGAGAAGCUGAAGGCGUCCAGGUGUGAGCUGCAGAUCUCCAACGCCCAGACUGGAGAAGAAUACACAGAUGAGAACACCCUGGUUCCCAGGAACUCAUCGGUCAUCGUUAGAAGAAUCCCUGCUGCAGGAGUUAAAGUUGCCAGGAAACGCUGUGUUCCACGUGGAACGGAGGCAGUACGUGGAACACCAAAAGCGGUUGAUGACUCCUCUGCACCGAUGACUCUGGCCCAACUUAUUAAGAGCGCCGAUCUAGCCGGAGCCGAUGUGCCUGAAGCAGAUAAAAUAAAAGCGAUGAUGAUCCAGUCUUCCCAGGACUAUGACCCCAUCAAUUACGUGAAGACACCUCUGUCGCCAUAUACUUGGUUACGUGAUGGAAAACCUGGCCACUACGUAAGGAACGGCCCAGACAAUGGAGGCAGACAUUUUGGAUCUGUUCCCAGAAUUACAAAGUGCACAGGAAUUCCGAAGAGUUUCCUGAAGGAGGUGGAGGAUCCCAACACAAAGGGGGCUAUGCUGGCAAACACUGGGAAAUACGUCAUCCCAAUCCUUAAUGCGGAAGUUUAUGCCAGAGAGAAGAAGAAAAAGCCUCCCUUGUUAGCGGUGGAGCCAUCAUCCAGUUCCUCAGAUCCUGUUCCAGAGGAACAGCUGCCACUGACACCUCCUCCCGCUGCUUUCAUGGCUGUCAGCCCUCCUGCUGCUCCGGGCUGUCCUGUCCAAAACCAACCAGUUCUCCCGGGCCCCCAAGGACAAUCCAUGCCCACAGCUGCUCAUCCCAAGCGAGGCGGGAAAAGGCCCUCAGCGGGUGGAAGAGCAGGCUGGGAACUCCGUUCAUUGUGCAAUGCACAGCAAAAACUGAAAAAGCCAUAUCGUUACGUGGAAACCAACAGUUGCUUGAAAUCCUUCCGAGGAUUUCAGAAGGACCAGGGCACCAUGGUGGACAGGGCCGAGAGCAGCGACCACCAGUCCCAGGGGGGUGGCUGGGGGGCAUGA